AUGCCUGAGGUUUAUCAGGAUGGCAUCACCGCGGAAAACCAGUGUCAUGCUUACCUUCUGGCUAGCAUGUGGCAGCCUCAUGCCCCGGAUAAGAAUACCGCGGAAAGCGACAUCAUUGCAGUUCAUGGGCAACACAUCUCGGUCGUUCAUCAGGAAAAAGUGGGUCUCGGUGGCAGUGGGGCUGAGUCCCGACCCGCGGGUCGAUUGGAACCGUCAAUUGCCAUUACACACGCGAACAAGGGGUGCCUGGCCAUGAGGGAUUGCGAGUGUGGGCAAGCCCUCUGGCCGACCGGGGCUGGAGAGCGGCCGGAACGUUGGAGACUAGCAGUGCCCGGCCGGCGAGGCCUCCGGCCGGAACGUUGCAGCGUUGGUGGGGCACCGGGGCUGGAGAGCGGCCGGUGGGAGAGCAGUGCCCGGGGCGAGGCUCCAGCCGGAACGUUGCAGCGUGGUGGGCACCGGGGCUGGAGAGCGGCCGGAACGUUGGAGACGAGCAGUUCCCGGCCGCCGAAUGCUCCGGCCGCGACGUCUCAAUCGGCCGCUAGAAAGUGUUUGGGGGGGCUAUGGCUGGCCGCACCUUUGCGAAUGUACGUCCCGGCGAAACUGUCUACAACGUUGACCCGGACCCCUCCAGCCGGCACCGGCCGCACCGUUCCAGACGGCCAGAUCUCACUCCGGGUUUACCGUUUGGAACGUCAAAUCUUACUCAGUAGGCUCAGCUCUCGAGCUCCACACCGUCGCCCGUGUCUCCACCACCGACCUCGUUCCGUGGUCUUACCAAGGCCCUCAGAACCUCUCACUCGGACGGUCUGCAAGACGAACAGCGGGCAGUGCGAGAUCGCCGCACGCCCGGUAGUCGUUCUAUACACCCGUCCCCCACCUCGAGUCUUCGUCCCUCAGCAACUGUCGACUCUCCCAGCUCGGAUGACCUGCGAGGUGAAGGCCGGACCGAGUGAUGUCGCCGCUCGCCCGCCGAGGUCGAGCGAGUGUCUCCAACUUGCAAAACGCUCAAGGACAAGGCCCCGAUUAGAGAGAGUAACCAAACAAGAAAGCAGUCGACAAUCCGCAUGGUCCCUCACGCUGGCAGGCGGUAAGAUGGAUACAACGCCGUGCGAGAUCACCGCACGCCUCGUAUCCAUGCUGUACCUUCCAACUCAACGUGUGCAGUCGAGCGCACGGUUCUCCCUCGACCUUCUGUGCAUUUACCGGCUUCUGCACUUGAUCGCUACACAUCGGCUGCCUCGCAUUCGCAAGCUGCGCUGGCCACCCACACAUCUCGGGCUGACGCUACACCUUCACCCGUCUCGCGCCACAACCAGUCAGCUGCUCACGGAAACUCUCAAACAGACGGACAACGUCAAAACGGCUCCUUCAACUGCAUGUACGAAUGGCUUACAGGAUGGAUACGACACUGUGCGAAACCGCCGCGCGCCUCAUAGCCAUCCAACGCCUACCAACUCGGUGUUGGCAUCCGUGUAUGAUUGCCAUUGUACCGACCUCAUGUCUCGGCCUGCUGAUUCCUGGAAUCACUCGAGUGCCCUGCAUGCAAAUACAAAUGUGUCAUACCGCGAGCAAUGUCAAACCCAAGUCCGUGCUCUUCACGAGAGACAUGAAGCUGAAGCACGAGCACGACUUGAAGCACGUAGACAAGACUGGGUGCUUAAUGACGAGGAAGCCAUGCUCGAGUAUGUGCAAGCUCAGGCCAACAAGCACUGUGAGAGAGCGAGAGCACAAGCAUAA